AUGGCGGUUAGAGGACAAGAUCGCUUAAUUAUAACAGAAGACGAUUCAGACAACGAAAGGGAAAUAUCAGAUGUUGAGGAAGAUUCAGAUGAUGAGGGUGUCGAAGGGACAUCGGCUCAUUCUUUAAAUGCUGAGGAAACAGUUGAAUUUCCGGCUAUACAAAAAAAGAAAAAGGUAGUUAAGAAAUUAACAAGAAAAGAGCAAAGCCUAAAGAGAAGCUUGCGUGAAUAUCGCAUCAAAUUGGCAUUGAUCAAACCCGAUAUUACUACGAAUCGUGAAAAGGAAAGAAUUCUUAGAAGAACUGCUACCAAGGGCGUUGUUCAGUUAUUUAAUGCAGUUGCUGAUCGGCAAAAGACAAUGUCGGAGGCAGUAAAAAAUAAAAUGUCAGCAAAAGAAAGAAAAGAGGCUCGCGAACGUUUCGAUGGCCGUAACUUUGAUCCAGAGAAGUUUGCCGAUUAUGGGUAUGGAAAUCCGAAAACUGAAGUUAAAAAUGAGGAGGAUGAAAAUAUGGAGAUCGGCGAGGAACAAAUUGAUGAUACCAAUUAUAGUGAUGAAGAUUAA